CCCGCGCCCGGCUCGGCUCGGCUCGGCUCGGCGCGGCGCUGCGGUGCAGUCUCGGCGGCUCCCGGUCCCGGUCCCGGCUCCGGCUCCGGCUCCGGCUCCGGCAUGGCUGGCCCCGGCCCCGGCCCCGGCGUCGGCUUCGGCGCGCACCGCCUGGAGCUGCUGGCGUCCUACCAGGACGUGAUCGGCGAGGACAGCCCGACCGACUGGGCGCUCUACACAUAUGAGGACGACUCUGAUGAGCUGAAGCUGGCAGCCUCUGGAGGUGGUGGCCUGCUGGAACUCUCCAGCCACUUUGAGAUCCAGAAGGUGAUGUACGGCUUCUGCAGCGUGAAGGAUCCCCAGGCUGCGCUGCCCAAAUACGUCCUCGUCAACUGGGUGGGCGAAGACGUGCCUGAUGCCCGCAAGUGCGCCUGCGCCAGCCACGUAGCCAAGAUCGCAGAGUUCUUCCAGGGCGUGGACGUGAUAGUCAACGCCAGCAGCGUGGAGGACAUUGACCCGGGGGCCAUCGGGCAGCGCCUCUCCAACGGCCUGGCCCGCAUCUCCAGCCCCGUGCUGCACCGCCUGCGGCUGCGCGAGGACGAGAACACCGAGCCUGUGGGAACCACCUAUCAGAAGACAGACGCGACGGUGGAGAUGAAGCGCAUCAACCGGGAGCAGUUCUGGGAGCAGGCCAAGAAGGAGGAGGAGCUGCGCAAGGAGGAAGAGCGGAAGAAGGCGCUGGACGCGCGGCUGCGCUUCGAGCAGGAGCGCAUGGAGCAGGAGCGGCUGCAGCAGGAGGAGCGGGAGCGGCGCUACCGGGAGCGCGAGGAGCAGAUCGAGGAGCACAGGCGGAAGCAGCAGAGCCUGGAGGCAGAGGAGGCCCAGCAGCGCCUGAAGGAGCCGUCCAUCUUCGGGGACCAGGAGGAGGACGAGGAGCGGCAGCAGCUCAAGAAGUCGGAGUCGGAGGUGGAGGUGACUGCGGAGGCGGCCGCCAUCAUCGCACAGCGUCCCGACAACCCCCGCGAGUUCUUCAAGCAGCAGGAGCGCGUGGCCUCGGGCAGCCUGGACACCGUGUCCCCACUCGGCCACAGGACAGGUCGUCUGCACUGUCCUUUCAUAAAGACGCCUGACAGUGGGCCGCCUUCCUCCUCCUCCUCCUCCUCCUCCCCCCCACGGACCCCCUUCCCCUAUAUCUCCUGCCACCGCACCCCGAACCUCUCCUCUUUCUUCCCAUGUAGCCAGUCGGACAGCCACAGAAAGGCCUCCACUGGGGGCUGCAGCCCCUGCGACUCCAGCACGGCCUCCACGCCUGUGGGCGAGCAGAUCGAGCGGGCGCUGGAUGAGGUGACCCUGCAGCCGAGGCCGCACGACGCCCCCAGCCCUGGCAGUGAGGCGGCGGCUGUGGUGCCCGACCAGCGCUGGCCCCUUUCCAGCGAGGUGCAGCCGGCCCCGAAGGCCAAGGAGCUGUCUGGGGGCCCUGCUGUGCUGGGGGACGAGUGGACAGAGGCACCAGGGCCCGGGCCAGGCCCUGCCACCGCAGACCUGCUAGCGCUGGAGACCCAAGAGCCGGUGCUGCUCCCACCGGGUGAGGCUGAGGCCCAGGGCCAGCCCCUGCCACCGCCCACCCCUGCACCCGAGAGCCUCCUCGAGCUGUGGCAGGACGACAGCGCUGCACCCGGCACCUGGGAGUUGCCUGCAGAGCUGGCCGCGCCUGCACCCAUGCCCGUGCCCACAGAGGCGGCAGUGCCUCUGGCUGCCCCCGAGCCCCCGCUGUCGGCAGGCCCUGAGGACGGGAACCUGCUGAACUUCGACGAGCUGCCGGAGCCACCGGCCACCUUCUGCGAUGCAGAGCAGGAUGAGGAGCUGCCCAGCAUGGUCGCACUGGAGGGGACGCACCCCAUGACGCUCAGCUACCAGCACGCGCUGCAGGAAGCUGCGGGUGGGCGCCCCGACCCCCUGCCCGAGCUCAUGACCAAUGGGGACAUGGCCCUGAAGGAGAGCACACAGGCUAGCGAGGGCUACUUCAGCCAGUCGCAGGACGACGACGUGACCCAGGCUGACGAGCCGUCGGCAAAGGCGCCGCCCCCCGUGUUCUACAACAAGCCGCCAGAGAUCGACAUCACCUGCUGGGACGCCGACCCGGUGCCCGAGGACGAGGAGAGCUUUGGCGGCGGCGUCUAAGGCACGGCCCCGUGCGCCAGCCUCUGACCCACCGCCUGGAGCCCCAGCUGCGUGGGCACACGCGGAGGCCGCAGCCAGGGCCUGGCCUGGCCCGGGCCGGGCGGUUGCCCGCGGCAUCGGCGUGCGGCCGGGCUGCCCCGUGGGGCCACGUUUACGGCUUCCUCCCCCUUUUUUAAGUUGUCGAUAGGAGACGUGUUGAUUCGCCCAUGCCCUGUUGGUGCCCAGCCCCUGCCCCCCGCUGCCCCCCCGCCCCGGGUUGAGCGUGUAUAACGGAGCCCCAGCUCAGCCCAGCCGGUGCCGGCGCCCACGUGGGGACGGGGCCUCGUGCCCACCAGCUCCACCCCGCCGAGCUUCGAGUAUUUUGCACGAAUCAGAAAUAAACAAGGCAAUAAGCAACGCUGGGGUGAGGCUCCGGAUGGCUGCGCGCCCCCUGCCCGGGCAGCUGCGAGGCCGAGGGCCCGUGCAAGUGCCCUCUUCCACCACCACGCUCGUGGCACCCGGCCCCUGCCUUCCCCGCAAGACCCAUGGGUGUUGCCACAGGCUGGGACCCCACCCUGCCCCUCCGCCCCGCUUUGCCCCUGCCCCCGCUCAGUCCCUCGGUCCUGCCCCCGUUUUUUUGGAAGCACAAUUCUGUACCGGCGAUGUGCUCAUGUAUGUUAAUAAACAAACGACUCCG